UCCUAUAUAUAUCAGGUGAUAAUUAUCCUGUCAAUAUGAGAUCAUUUGCUAUUAGCAUCACGCGAGUAAUCGGUUUUAAUCCUAAUCCUGGUUGCAAUUAAGCCCCAUUUAACAACAUUUCUUCUACGUGUGUUCUCCAAUCAUGGCUUUGAGAUCAUUGAGUUGCUGGAAAUCAAUGCUGAGUCGGUUGAGAGGAACUGCAACAUAUGCAACUUCAAGCUCUCCGAAAAUGAUGGCAUAUACUCCAACAGCAAACAUCGGCGGUCCUAAACAAGAAAAAAGAACCAAGAAAGCGAUAAGGGGCGACUUUGUGCCCGUUUAUGUGGUGUUAGGAAUGAUAGCCAUAUCGCUAUCUCUGGGUCUGUACACAGCCAAGCAGCAGAUAUUGCACUCCCCGGCAGUACGGGUGAAAAAGAAGGAGAGGGAAACGAUCCCGGAGGUAGAGGAGCCUGAGAUAGUGGCGAAUGAGGCUGAUAGAUUUGUGAAGAAAUCUUUCUUCAGGAAAGUUGCGCACAUCCAAGACUUCGAUAGCGUUCUUCAAAGUACUCCUGAUCCUAUUCACAGAGACGCUUUUUCUCGCGAGCAGACUCGCGCUGAGACUUCCAAGUCUGUUGGGGUUGAUUCCAAGCGGCAUUGAGAGAUGUACAUGUGUUGCCCCCUUCUUUUUUUCCUUCUGCUCUGCAGGAAUUAGGGGCUAAUCCUUUGCUUUUAGUGUGAGUGCGGUAUGAAGGUAAUGUUAAGACAUGAACGAUGUUCUAUACGCUAUAAUAAACUGGCAAGUUAAUGUAAUUGUUGCUUGGCUCUUUUUUUCA